AUGAAUGAAGAGUAUAGAUGUGCAGAUUGGACGGAUGAUACAGACCAAUGUAUUUUAAUAUUGGAUAGUCUUGUUCAUAAUAAUGGAGAAGUUGAUGUGAUAGACUUUGCAAAAAGAUGUUAUUAUUGGAUUCACUUUGGAUUUACAGAAUUAGGAGAUUUAGGAGGACUUGGAAUAGGAAUGAAUUUUGGAAAGACUGUAAGAAGCAAAGGAUGGAUUAAUGACCCAAUUGGACAAUGUGAGAAAAUCUGGAGAGAUGGAGGAUGUCAAUCGGCACCAAAUGGAAGUGUAAUGAGAACAUCAGUUCUAGCUGUUCCAUAUUUCUGGGAUGAAGAAAGGGUUAAAGAAAAUGCAAAGAAAAUAGGAAGUACUACACAUGCAGAUCCACGAUGUCAAGCAUCUGUUAAUACAAUCGUUCUUAUCCUAGCAAAAUUAUUACAAGGACGAGAAGAUAUUGAAGAAAUAAUUCAAGAAGCAAGAAGUGAUAGUGAAAAGAUGUUAAAUGAAGAAUAUAAGAAAGAAUUUAUAGAAUAUACAAAUGCUAAAACACUUGAAGAAAUGAAAUUAAAUGAAUCUAUAGGAUAUACAUUCAAACCAAUGGGAUGUGCUAUCUUAUCAUUAAGAGAAGCAUUUAAGAUGAAAGAAAAAGGGAUAGAUAAAACAAAGAUAUUUGAAGACUUAAUUGAAAGAAUUGCAUAUGAAGGUGGUGAUGCAGAUACAAAUGGAGCAGUAGUUGGAGCAGUUCUUGGAACAUAUUUAAAAGGAAUUUGUAUGCCGAGUGAUUGGUUAGAAUUAGAUAAUAAAAAAUGGUUAGAAGAACGCUUAAAUCGGUUAUUACAUCUUUACGAAUUAGAGCCUUUUCACUUUAAGUAA